AUGCCGGGCGUGUACAAAGGAGAGUGUGGGGACGAUGUGGACCCCAUGCCCUACCUGGCUCCCUCAGAGAAGGAGAAGAUAGAAGCCAUGUCCAAGCCCUAUGACAUCAAGAAGUCCUGCUGGGUGAAGGACGAGAAGGAGGCCUUCAUCGCCGGGGAGAUCCAGUCUGACCAGGGUGACCAAGUCACCGUCAAGACUGUCAAAAACACUACUGUUACUAUAAAGAAGGAUGAUAUUCAGCAAAUGAACCCUCCUAAGUUCUACCAGGCUAGCGACAUGGCUAACCUGACCUUCCUGAAUGAAGCCAGUGUUAUGGAGAACCUUCGCCAGCGCUAUGUCAAUAUGAGAAUCUAUACGUAUUCUGGCCUGUUCUGUGUGACCAUCAAUCCUUACAAGUGGCUCCCCAUCUACGGGGCCAAAGUUGCGCAAAUUUACAAGGGGAAGAAGCGCAGUGAGGUCCCCCCCCAUCUCUUCUCCAUCUCCGACAAUGCCUACCAUGACAUGAUGAUGGAGCAUGAAAACCAGUCUAUGCUUAUCACCGGAGAAUCUGGUGCUGGCAAGACUGAGAACACCAAGAAGGUCAUCCAGUACUUUGCCAAUGUUGGCGCUACUGGCGGGAAGACCGGGGGGUCAGACUCCAAGGGCUCCCUGGAAGAUCAAAUUAUCCAGGCUAACCCUGUUCUGGAGGCUUUCGGCAAUGCCAAAACCACCAGGAACAACAACUCCUCUCGAUUUGGUAAAUUUAUCCGAAUCCAUUUUGGCCCAACAGCUAAGCUGGCUGGUGCUGACAUUGAGAGCUACCUGCUGGAGAAGUCUCGAGUCAUCUCACAACAAGCUGCAGAGCGUGGUUACCACAUCUUCUACCAGCUUCUAUCAGGGAAAAGACCAGAGCUGAUUGAAACACUGCUGCUCGUUCCAGACCCCAAACAGUAUGUGUGGGUCUGCCAGGGCGUGACUGUGGUGGACAACAUGGACGAUGGAGAAGAGCUGCUGCUCACUGAUGAUGCGUUUGACGUGCUGGGCUUCUCUGCAGACGAGAAGAUGAGCAUCUACAAGCUAACUGGUGGAAUUAUGCACUUCGGCAACAUGAAAUUCAAGCAGAAGCCGAGGGAGGAGCAGGCUGAUGUUGACACCACUGAGGUGGCCGAUAAAGUUGCCCACCUCAUGGCGAUCAACUCUGGUGAGCUGCAGAAGGGCAUAACCAGGCCUAGAGUGAAGGUGGGCAAUGAGUUUGUGACCAAAGGUCAGAACCAGGACCAGUGCACCUACUCCAUUGGAGCCCUUGCCAAAGCGGUCUAUGACAGAAUGUUCAAGUGGAUGGUCACCAGGAUCAACAAGACCCUGGACACCAAGAUGCAGCGGCAGUACUUCAUUGGAGUGCUGGAUAUUGCUGGCUUUGAGAUUUUUGAGUUCAACAGCUUUGAGCAGCUGUGCAUUAACUUCACCAAUGAGAAGCUGCAACAGUUCUUCAACCACCACAUGUUUGUCCUGGAGCAAGAGGAAUACAAGAAGGAGGGCAUUGAUUGGGUCUUUAUUGACUUUGGGCUGGAUCUGCAGGCCUGCAUUGAACUUCUGGAGAAGCCUAUGGGAGUCUUCUCCAUCCUGGAAGAGCAGUGUGUGUUCCCUAAGGCUACGGAUGCCACCUUCAAGGCUGCCUUGUAUGACAAUCAUCUGGGCAAGUCCAGCAACUUCCUCAAGCCAAAAGGGGGGAAGAAAGGCCCAGAGGUUCAUUUUGAGCUUGUCCACUAUGCUGGCACAGUGGGAUAUAAUAUCUCAGGCUGGUUGGAGAAGAAUAAGGACCCCCUGAAUGAGACAGUGACGGGCCUCUUCCAGAAGUCUGCCAUGUCUCUGCUCGCUCUCCUUUUCAAAGAGGAGGAGGCAGCUGCAGGUGGCAAAAAGCAGAAGAAGGGAGCGUCCUUCCAGACUGUCUCCAAUGUCUACAGGGAGCAGCUUAACAAGCUGAUGACAACCCUGCGCAACACCGCACCCCAUUUUGUGCGCUGCAUUGUUCCCAAUGAGUUCAAACAAUCAGGGGUUUGCGAUGCAUUCCUUAUUCUACACCAGUUGGCCUGCAAUGGUGUGUUGGAGGGCAUCCGUAUCUGCAGAAAGGGAUUCCCUAACAGGCUGCAGUACCCAGAGUUCAAGCAGAGAUACUACAUUCUGAACCCGAACAUCAUCCCCAAGGGAUUUGUGGACAACAAGAAAGCUUCAGAGUUAAUUCUGGGCUCCCUUGGUUUGGACAACAUGGAGUACAGAAUAGGACACACCAAGGUGUUCUUCCGUGCCGGAGUGUUGGCCAAGCUGGAGGACAUGCGAGAUGAGCGGCUGGCCAAAAUCAUGACUAUGCUUCAGGCUCGCUCACGCGGAUUCCUCAUGAGAAUCGAGUUCAAGAAAAUGCUCGAGAGAAGAAUUGCUCUCAUUGCUAUCCAGCGCAAUGUGCGGAAGUUCCUUCAGCUUCGCUAUUGGGGUUGGUGGAAGCUUUACACUAAGGUUAAGCCUCUGCUGCAUGUAGCUCGUCAAGAGGAUGAGAUGAAGGCCAAGGAAGAAGAGCUGCGUAAUGCGCUAGAGAAGACCCAGGAGAUGAUCAACAAGAUCAAGGAACUGGAGGAGAAGCUGAUCACUCUCUCAAAAGAGAAGAAUGACCUUGCCCUGGCCCUGGUUGCAGAGCAAGACACAACAGCAGAUGCGGAGGAGCGCUGCACCCAGCUGAUGAAGCAGAAGAUCAACCUGGAGGGUCAGAUCCAGGACAUGAAGGAACGCCUGGAGGAGGAGGAGGGCGCGGCCAACAGCCUCGGCGCCCACAAGCGCAAGCUGGAGGGGGAGCUCAACGACCUCAAGAGGGACCUGGAAGGGCUGGAAUCCACACUGGCGAAGACUGAGAAGGAGAAACAGGGGCUGGACCAGAAAGUGCGCACUCUUUCCGGAGACCUGGGCCAGAGAGAUGACCUCAUCGCCAAGCUUCAGAAGGAGAAGAGAGCUCUGGAGGAGCUGCAGCAGAAAACCCUGGAUGACCUUCAAGCAGAGGAGGACAAAGUGAACCACCUCAACAAGAACAACAGCAAGCUGACCACUCAGCUUCAUGAGCUGGAGGACAACUGGGAACAAGAGAAGAAAAUCCGAGCAGAGGUGGAGAAAGCCCGCCGCAAAGCAGAGAGUGACUUGAAAAUGACCCUUGACAACCUCAACGAGAUGGAGAGAGCCAAGCUCGAUCUGGAGGAGGUGGUCAAAAAGAGGGAUUUCGAAAUCAACCACAUGAACACAAAGUGGGAGGAUGAGCAGUCCCUCAGCUCAACACUGCAGAGGAAGCUCAAAGAGCACCAGGCCCGUAUCGAGGAGCUGGAGGAAGAGCUGGAAGCUGAGAGGGCAAUGAGAGCCAAGGUGGAGAAGCAGCGAGCGGACCUCUCCCGGGACCUGGAGGACCUUGGGGACAGACUGGAGGAGGCAGGAGGUGCCACUGUCUCUCAGAUCGAGCAGAACAAGAAGCGGGAAGGCGAGCUGCUGAAGCUGAGGCGUGAGCUGGAGGAGGCAGCGCUGCAGGCCGAGGCCACUGCCUCCGCCCUGCGCAAGAAGCACUCCGACUCCAUGGCCGAGAUGGCCGAGCACGUGGAGAACCUGCAGAGGGUCAAGAUCAAGCUGGAGAAGGACAAGCAGGUCAUGAAGGCUGAGAUCGACGACCUCAACGCCAGCAUCGAGUCUAUCCAGAAGUCCAAGUUGAACUCUGAAGCUCAUGUUCGCAAACUGGAGGACAGUCUAUCUGAAGCUAAUGCCAGGCUGACAGAAAUGGAGAGGAACCAGACCGAGCUGAAUGCCAUAAAAAUACGCUUGUCAGCUGAGAACGGUGACCUAAGUCGUGAACUGGAGGAGACACAGAGCAAGCUCACCCAGAUCACACGCGUGAAGACCAUGCUGACCUCCCAGACCGAUGAGCUGAAGAGGCAGGUCGACGAGGAGUCCAAGGCUCGCAGUGCAGCGGUGGUCAGCCUAGCCAACGCUCGGCAUGACCUGGAUCUGAUGAAGGAGCAGCUGGAGGAAGAGCAGGAGGGCAAAGCUGAGAUGCAGCGCCUCAUUUCCAAGCUUAACUCUGAAGUCACAACCUGGAGGACUAAGUACGAAACGGACGCCAUCCAGAAGACCGAGGAACUGGAGGAGACCAAGCGAAAGCUAGCAGCUAGGCUCCAGGAAGCAGAAGAGGCUGCAGAGGCUGCCCAAGCCCGUGCUGCAAGUCUGGAGAAGGUGAAGCACAGGCUUCAGGGAGAGGUGGAAGACCUUACCAUUGACCUGGAGAAGUCCAAUGCUGCUGCCGCUGCGCUGGACAAGAAGCAGCGUGUCUUUGACAAGAUGAUUGCUGAGUGGAGCCAGAAAUGCGAGGAGUUGCAACUGGAGCUGGAUAACUCCCAGAAGGAGUGUCGCAGCUAUAUGACUGAAGUCUACAAGCUGAAGACAUCCUACGAAGAGUCUCUGGACCACCUUGAGACCGUGAAGAAGGAGAACAAAACCCUCACAGAGGAGAUCAAAGAUCUCAUGGAGCAGCUUGGUGAAGGUGGCAGGAGUGUCCAUGAGCUGCAGAAGGCUAGGAAGAAGCUAGAGGUGGAGAGGGAUGAGCUGCAGGUGGCCCUGGAGGAGACAGAAGCUUCUCUGGAGGUUGAGGAAGGGAAAGUGGUUCGUAUCCAGCUGGAGCUGGCUCAGGUCAAGGCUGACAUUGAUCGCCGAAUUCAUGAGAAGGAGGAAGAGUUCGAGGUUACAAGGAAGAACCACCAGCGUGCAAUUGAGUCACUGCAGGCCAGCCUAGAGGCGGAGACCAAAGGUCGCGCCGAGGCCCUGCGGCUGAAGAAGAAGAUGGAGUCUGACCUGAACGAGAUGGAGAUCCAGCUGGACCAUGCCAACAAAAACAACAGCGAGCUGGUCAAGACCCUCAAGAAGCUGCAACAGCAGAUCAAAGACAUGCAGAUGCAGAUGGACGAGGACGCCCGGCAGCACGAGGAGCUGAGGGAGCAGUACAGCCUGCAGGAGCGGCGCCUCAGCCUGCUGCAGACGGAGAUCGAGGAGGUGCGCAGCGGGCUGGAGGCCUCCGAGCGCUCGCGCAAGCUCCUCGAGCAGGAGCUGGUGGAGGUCACCGAGCGCCACAACGAGCUCAACGUGCAGAACCAGAGCCUGAUUUCCAUCAAGCGCAAGCUGGAGGCUGACAUAACCCGCAUCAGCAACGAGAACGAGGAGCUCAUCAGUGAAUUCCGCGCCGCUGACGAAAGAGCCAAGAAGGCCAUUACAGAUGCCACUCGCAUGGCAGAAGAGCUGCGGCAGGAGCAGGAUCACUGCAUCCACCUGGAAAAGAUAAAGAAGAACAACGAGAUCACCAUCAAAGACCUGCAGCUCAAAAUGGAGGAGGCUGAGCAGCUGGCCCUGAAGGCUGGGAAACGCACCAUCCAGAAACUGGAGACCCGGAUCAAGGAGGUGGAGACAGAGCUGGAUUCUGAGCAGAAGCGCCACGUAGAGACAGUGAAGAUCCUGCGGAAAAACGAGCGCCGCCUGAAGGAGCUGGUCUUCCAGACCGAGGAGGACCACAAGACCAACCAGCGCAUGCAGGAGCUGGUGGAGAAGCUGCAGAGCAAGCUCAAGUCCUACAAGAGGCAGAUCGAUGAGGCUGAAGAGCAAGCCAAUUCGAGCCUAUCCAAGUACAGGAAGACUGUGCACGAACUGGAUGAUGCAGAGGAGAGGGCAGGCAACGCAGAGAUGGCCCUGAACAAGCUCCGCACCCGGAACCGUGCAGGUGUGGGGAAGGGCUUCACCUCGGUGGAGAUCAUCCAGGUGUCCAAGUCCUCCACCAAGGGCAGCUCUGAGGAGUAGAUUCCCCUCUGCACAGCUGGGUGACGCACACAACAUCCCACUCAUUUUCCAUCUGGAAG